AUGUAAUCUGAGAUUCUGAGCCCCAGAUAAUUUUUGGCAGCAUGGCAGCAGUUGUAAAUUUUAAUAACCAAUCUUGCUACAUAGAUUAGAUUAGAUAGACGAGCCGACGUUGGUUACCACUGUGCACCAUGGGCGAACAUAAGGAUGUGUCGCUCGGUGUGUUCAUACUCGUGGCUUUGUUCGGCAUGAGCUCAUGGCUCGGGGUUAACAGCAUCUGGAUGGAGCUGCCUUUGACAGUCGUCCGACUGCCAGAGCUCUGGGCUCUGCCCUCCUACCUAGCAGUCAUCCUCCAGGUGGCAAAUAUAGGCGCAGUAAUUCUCACUGUGGUGAACACUGUAAAGCCAGGCAGCUUGAAGGCUCAGCCCAUUAUCUAUGGGAUCCUCAUCAUACAGAUUGUGGCGACUUUCUGCGUGGCGUUGUUCUGGCAGCGAACGACGGUGAUCGGCGGCGAGGACCACAGCACCGCGUUGUUCAUACUGAUGUUCUUCAUCGCGAUCUGCAACACGACGUCGAACAUCGUCUUCCUGCCCUUCAUGGCGCGCUACCGCCACGAGUACAUCACCGCUCUCUUCGUCGGCAUGGGCCUCAGCGCGCUCCUCCCCAGCGUGGUGGCGCUAGUGCAGGGCGGCGGAACAUCGUCGAACUGCGUGAACGUGUCGUCGCCGCUCGCGAACAACGGCAGCGAGUGGUCGCUGCAGACGCCGAUGGCGUCCACGCGGUUUGGCGUCGACAUGUUCUACACGAUCAUCACGGGUCUUCUCUGCGUCAGCUUCCUCAGCUUCGUCCUCCUCACGUGCCUCCCCCGCCUCCGCCGCCAUCAGCUCCCCCGCGGCGGCCCCCCGCGGUGUGUGGCCAUCCUGACAUAUUUGGUGUGA